AUGGCCGAUAUCGAUGUCAAAAUCGCCGAGUGGAAGCAGGUUGAGGUCGGCCGUCUGGUGCUGAUCCGCCGUGGCCCCUUCACCGGCAAGCUCGCUGCCAUCGUCGAGAUCGUGGACCACCGCCGUGUCCUGGUCGACGGCCCCUCUGGCGAGGAGAAGAAGAUCGUGCCCCGUCACGUUCUCCCUCUUGCCCACGCCACCCUCACCCCCUUCACCAUCCCCCAACUGCCCCGUGCUGCCGGUACCGGCCCCGUCAAGAAGCUGUGGGCGAAGAACGAGAUCGACAACAAGUGGGCCAAGAGCAGCUUUGCCCAGAAGACCGACCGUGCCGACCGACGGAAGAACCUGACCGACUUUGAGCGCUUCAAGGUCCUGCGUCUGCGCAAGCAGGUACGUUGUCACUGCCGGUGGAACUAUUCCUUAUGCACGGCAUGA